AUGGCAAACGAUGCCGUUGAUGCUACAGCUCGUGUGCUGCUGUCCGAAUUCGCUGGCAAACAAUGGCACGAUGCCGUUGAUGCUACAGCUCGUGUGCUGCUGUCCGAAUUCGCUGGCAAACAAUGGCAAACGAUGCCGUUGAUGCUACACUCGUGUGAGGCUGUCCGAAUUCGCUGGCAAACAAUGGCAAACGAUGCCGUUGAUGCCACAGUUCGUAUGCUGCUGUCCGAAUUCGCUGGCAAACAAUGGCAAACAAUUGCCACUGAUGCAACAGCUCGUGAGUGGCUGUCCGAAUUCGCUGGCAAACAAUGGCAAACGAUGCCGUUGAUGCUACAGUUCGUGUGCUGCUGUCCGAAUUCGCUGGCAAACAAUGGCAAACGAUGCCGUUGA